AGUGCCAAUGUCUCGGCGCCAGUACGUGACUGGAACUCACUUGGAAUGGCCCGAACAAGUGGUGGAGUGCUCUGCCCAUCGCUGCUGCUAUGCCUGUGCUUCCUGCUUGUGGCCCUGGCCGUUCGAUUGAAACCCUGCGAUCUGGCCGGCCAGCUGUACAUCCUGGACGUGCCCAAGUCGGAGCUGCCACUGUGGCUGUGCAUUGCUGAAUUCGAGAGCCGCUUCAACACCCAUGCGGUGGGGCAGGCAAAUGCGGAUGGAUCCCGGGACUAUGGCCUCUUCCAGAUCAGCGAUCGCUUCUGGUGCUCGCCGCCCAAUCAAACGGAUUACUAUGCCUUCAACGAGUGCAACGUGAACUGCACGCGGCUGCUGAGCGAUGACAUUACCAUGGCCGUGCAAUGUGCCAGGGUCAUACGGAAGCAACAGGGCUGGACGGCCUGGUCGGUGUACGGACAGUACUGCAACGGCACGCUGGACGCUGCUGGCAUCGAUGAGUGCUUCCAGGCGGGCAAUGAAACCAGCACCAGCUGUGCAGAGAGUGAGUCAGAGCUGGCAGACUGUGGCUGACGAUGGGUCUGACGGGGUCAGACGCGGGGUCGUGGGAUUUAUGACAUCACUGCCGAAAUAUGUGUGCAAAUAAAAUAUUAAUUAACGCUUAA